AUCGAAUGAUGCUCGACUUUUGUUUGGAAGCGAAAAGGGGUCGAAGGAUGGCGUUCAGUUUGCGGGGCUUGAAGGUAUCGCCGAACUCGGCGAGUUUGGAGGAGGCUCGAAGGCGGACUUUUGAUUUCUUCAAGUCGGCCUGCCGAUCCAUCCCGGCCAUUAUGGAGAUCUACAACCUUCACGACGUCGUCACCGUCUCCCAGCUCCGCUCCACCAUCUCCUCCGGGAUCCGCAAGAACGCCCACAUCACCAACCCCAAGGUAAUUGACGUGCUUCUUUUCAAGGGAAUGGAGGAGCUCAACAACAUUGUUGAGCAUGCAAAGCAACGGCACCAUGUAAUUGGCCAAUACGUCCUUGGUCGCGGAGGGCUUGUACAGGACUUGGGCCCCAAAGACGAGGGAACUUCUGAGUUUCUGAAACAGUUCUAUGCAAGCAACUAUUUCUAAACCAAGUCAAGACAACUAUGAGUUGCAUUUUCUAGUCUGUCAUGUUUGGUGUUGAUAGGUCUCUUGACCAUUGACCAUGGUAAUAAAAUUCUGAAAGCAUCCAACUCAUUUUAUGUUUUUGUUGGAGAAAAUUAAGCAAGAUUUAUGUAGCAUUGAUGCUGCAAAAUUAAGAGAAAUUUGCUGGUCUAAAAUCCAGGACAAUUCUUUGAAGGAACUAAGUUAUUAUGCAGGCACAGAAUGGUGUCAGACAAACCAUGGUAAGGUUGCUGAAAGAAUGCUGCUUGUCUAAUGUAGCUCAUGGAACGCUUUUAUUUUCUGAGCAAUGGGAACUAGUGUUUAAAAUGUAAUGCUGCUUUAUUAUUUAAA